CUUACCUCCACCCACCCUUUCCCCCACGAGCAAGGCCAAGACCCCUCCCAUUUGCUCACCGCCAUCAUCUCUCGCGCCUCGCAAGGUCCUAGGUCAACAUGGCAAGCACUAAUCGCUUCAUGAUGCGCGGCUUGACGCAGUACAUUGCCGACCUGAGGGCAUGUAGGGUGCGGGAGCUAGAGGAGAAGAGGAUCAACAAGGAGAUGGCGCAUAUAAGACAGAAGUUCAAGGAGGGAAAUUUGGAUGGCUAUUCGAGGAAAAAGUACCUCAGUAAGAUCGUCUUCACGUACAUUUUGGGCUAUCCGGUGGACAUCGGCCAUAUGGAGGCCGUGAAUCUUAUUUCUAGUACAAAAUACUCGGAGAAGCAGAUUGGAUACCUCGCUCUCACUUUAUUGAUGCACGAGAAUUCGGACUUGGUGCGGCUGGUGGUCAACUCCAUUCGAAAGGAUCUGGAUGAUCUGAAUGAGGUCAAUAAUUGUCUGGCGUUGCAUGCCAUUGCGAACAUUGGAGGGACAGAGAUGGCGGAGGCUCUCGGACCUGAUGUACACAGGCUACUCAUAUCACCCACAUCUCGCUCGUUUGUGAAGAAGAAGGCUGCGCUCACUCUGCUACGACUGUAUCGAAAGAACCCCGAAGCCAUUCCUGCGGAAGAGUGGGCACCUCGCAUUGUGGCCAUCCUUGACGACGAGGACCUUGGUGUGACCACGGCUGUGACCAGUCUGGUCAUGUCCCUCACACAGGACUUUCCUGAAGCGUACAGUAUUGCAUAUCCAAAGGCGGUAGAUCGAAUGGCUAGACUUGUCAUCGAAGAGGACUUUUCCGAGGACUACGUCUACUACAAAGUCCCCAACCCUUGGCUUCAGGUCAAACUCCUACGUCUUCUACAGUACUGGCCUGCCACCGAGGAGCCGACGGUCAGGAUGACCCUGGACAAUGUGCUACAGACGAUCUUGAAGCUGGCCUAUACCUCUCCGAAGAAUGUGCAGCACAACAAUGCUCAGAACGCCAUUCUCUUCGAGGCCAUUAAUCUUGCGAUUCACCUCGAUCCAGAGUCUAGUAUCGUGACAAAGGCCUCGUCGCUGCUAGGCAGAUUCAUCUUGUCGCGGGAGACCAAUGUGAGGUACCUUGGUCUAGACACUAUGGCUCAUUUGGCGGCGUGCGCUGAGUCUCUAGAGCCUAUCAAGAUCCACCAAGGCACAAUCAUCCUCUCCCUUCGCGACCGAGAUAUCAGUGUCCGGCGGCGAGGGCUUGACUUGCUGUACUCAAUGUGCGAUGUGAGCAACGCCAAGGCCAUCGUAGGAGAGCUUCUGCGCUACCUCUCUACUGCAGACUAUGCUCUUAGAGAAGAGCUUGUGCUCAAGAUUGCCAUUCUCACGGAGAAAUUUGCGACCGAGUACAGCUGGUACGUCGACACUAUCCUGCAGCUAGUAAGCUCUGCAGGAGACCACGUUGGAGAAGAGGUGUGGUUCAGGGUCAUCCAGAUCGUGACCAACAAUGAAGACGUGCAAGAGUAUGCUGCGACGAAGGUCUUCGAGCAUCUGCAGUCUGCUUCUUGCCACGAAAACCUCAUCAAGGUCGGGGGCUAUGUUCUGGGAGAGUACGGGCAUCUCAUCGCGAACAACCCUGGAGCAUCCCCCAUCGAGCAGUUCCACGCAUUGCAUUCUCGCUCACACCUCUGCUCGCAGCCGACGAGAGCGCUUCUCCUUUCAACGUACGUCAAGUGGCUCAAUCUCUUCCCGGAAAUCCGUGAGCAGAUCAUGUACGUCCUCAAUCGCUACACACACGUUCUGGAUGCCGAGCUGCAGCAAAGAGCUUGCGAGUACGUCGCGCUGGCUAAGUUGCCAAGCGAUGAGCUCCUUCAAGUGGUGUGCGACGAGAUGCCACCCUUCCCAGAAAAGUCGUCUCUUCUCUUGAACAGAUUACAGAAGAAGCAUGGUGACACGGGCGACAAGCGCACUUGGAUCAUCGGAGGCAAGGAAGUCAAUCGCAAUCGUGACGAUGUGCGGAUGGAGUCGCUCAAGAAGGGACAGGUCAACGGAGGCGCUAUGCCCACUGGCGGUCCGGCACAUACAGUGAUACCCUCUGAGCAUGCUCCUGACUUGACAACGGCAGAUGCAAACGGCACAGUCAACGGCACGAAUGGCGCAAUGAGCACUUCGAUGGAUAGACAAGAUAGCAACGAUUUACUCUCGGGACUCGAGGGUCUGGACCUGACUUCCUCUGCCGACACCGGAAUGGGACCUACUGCGGAAGCAGCUGAUGGUGGGAAUAGCGCUGAUCAAGCUUUGCUUGGUGGCAGCAGUAGUGCAGCAAAGUCCGGCUCGACAUCCCCCAUUGUCACGCGGGAAAGCUCAUCGUCAGCUUUCAUUGCGCCAGCCAUGACUGGCGGCGGAUCAUCGUUCGGUGGACCGCCGCAAUUCACGUCUGGCCAUGAGAAGUCCUUCCAUCGCAUCUGCUACUCCAACGAGGGCGUGCUAUUCGAGGAUGCUCAACUGCAGAUUGGUAUCAAGUCCGAAUUCCACGGCAAGCAGGGUCGUAUCGCUCUUUACUUUGGUAACAAGAUUUCCGUCGGCUUCAGCUCAUUCAGUCUGCAAGUGCGGUCACAAGAACCAGAGGCAUUGACCUGCUUCAUGACAAAGAUGCCCCCUUCCUCCCUCGGAGCCAUGACACAGGUGCAACAAGUGCUGCAGCUAGAGUGUAAAGACUUCUUCACCUCUCCUCCCAUCCUGCGGAUCCAGUACCUGGCAGGCUCAAUGCAAGACCUCACCCUACGUCUACCCGUAGUCGUGUCAAAGUUCAUCGAGCCAGUCCAGCUAGGGUCCGUGGACUUCUUUGAGCGGUGGAAACAGAUUGGUGGUCCGCCCCGCGAGGCCCAGAAGAUCUUUGGCAACUUCAAGCUGACUAGCAGCGGGGCGGUGGAUGUUGCUAGGAACAAGAAAUUUAUUGGAGGGAUGCGACUGGGUGUGCUCGAAGGUAUCGACCCGAAUGCAAGCAACAUUGUUGCGGCGGGUGUGCUGCAUAUGACUAGUGGGAAAGUGGGAUGUCUGGUUCGGGUGGAGCCUAAUGCUCAAGCCAAGCUAUGCCGAGCGACUAUUCGCACUACCAACGACCUAGUCUCUGCGGAGCUGCUCAAGCUGAUUGUGUCUGGUAUGACUGGCGAUGCCAAUGUCCUACUGAACUCUGCCUGAUGCGUCCACCUCGAGUAGAUACCGUCUCGAUGUCCACUUUCUGCGUCGUCG